UAGAGAAAGUAUGCAAUGCAUACUGCUCAGCUACAACCCCCAAUUAUACUGCAACUGGGGUAUUCGUGACUGGACGUCUGGGGGGGAUCACACACAUUUCCGAUUAGAGGAGGAGAGACAGAGAGGAGGAGGGAGGGAGAGAGAGUUUACCCUUUCAAUCCAGCCAAUGAGACGGUCGAUACACUAAGAUUUUCAUAGUUGUGCAGAAGCACAAAGUGAGCUGACUGUGUGAACUUCCAGGUGAAACUGCAAAACCGUCUCAAGCCCUCAAGGCCACUCCUCCAGGCUUUGAUGCCCACACUCCCUGAAUUGGUGGACAGACGCAGGCAUGAGUAACAGUGGGACCAAAGAGCCGUCUCCCCAGCCGAGCACUGCCCAGUCACCUCCUGAGCCUCAGCGCAGGGGCAGGGGUCGGCCAAAGAAACAGCAGCAGGAGCCUGUCGGACCACCGACUCCAAAGCGUCCAAGAGGACGACCGAAAGGCAGCAAGAACAAAGGCCCCAGAUCUACACUUAAGAAAGCAGAGCCGGUGGGGGAGAGACGACCACGUGGGCGACCAAGGAAAUGGCCCCAGAAAGUAGUUCAAGAAGUAACUGAGGAGCAGCAGGGCUCUUCAGAAGAGGCUGAGGAGGGUCCCUCGCAGCUCGAGCCCUCGACAUCUCAGGUUCCAGCGCAGGAGGAAGGGGAGUAGAUAAGAUGCCUCUCUACCUACCUCAAGGUUUGGCCUCAAACAACCAGGGGGACUGUCUCACUCCUAUCUGUGAUGGGGAUUCAGGAACACACACACACAAACACACACACACACACACACUCACAAAAAAAAAAAAAUAUUGCAGACAGUGGUUUCUUCUCCCGAUCUGAUACUGUAUCUUGGUUUUAUUGGUUCGCUGUAAGAGUUCAGUGAUCAGACUCUGUUUUAACAUGAAAGAAUUUGAUCUUUGGAUGUGACUUUUUUAAAAGGGAAUAGUUUGACAUUUUGGGAAAUAGACUUACACACUUAACAGCCAAGCGCUAGAUGAGAAAAUUGAUACCACUCUCAAAUCUGUACGGUAAAUAUUAAACUACUGUUAGCAACCGGCUAGCUUAGCUUAGCACAAAGACUGGAAACAGCUAGCCAAGGGUAACAAAAUCCACCUUUAAAGCUCACUUAUUAAUAUCUUAUAUCGUAUUUGUUUGAUCUGUAUACAAACCAAAGUGUGAAAACAACAGUAUUUCUAGAGGUAUUGUGCCUUUUGAGUUUUAAAAGUGCUGGUAGGUGGGUUUGCAGUCUUAUGCUAAGCUAAGCUAAGCAUCCCUCUUUGUAUCAGUCUUCUCAUGUAACCCUGCAAGAAUGCCAAGAAUUGUUUUUCCCAAAGUGUCCAACUAUUGAUUAAAGGUUUCCUGCUUUCCUGAACCUCACUACAUCCCCACUAAUACAUUUUCAUUUUAAAAUGCAUGAGUAUUGUUACUUUUACGCCUAGCGUCCACACUACUCCAGCCUUUUGGAACCUUUAAAACGGAGACCUUUGAAAAUGCAGCUGAUUCCAUUUUAGUUUAAAACCCCGGGGUUGCAUUUUCAUCUGGAUGGUUGUAAAGGGAUACUUUGAAAAUAAUGACGCAGACACCCACGCUCACUUCCCACUUGGGUCUUCUCACUCAAGAUGUGUCAAGCCAAAAAAUUAUAGGUGGGUUUACAUACCUUUCCCAUCGCCAUGGCUUCCUCCAGCGAUGGAUAAUGCUGCCACCACCUUGACUGCCUUAUACUCAUGUGUUAUUUUGAGUAGCAGUUCCACCUCGUCAUCAGUCCAGGCAAAGAAAUCUCUUGUCUUAAUUUUUGCCAUCUCUGCACUAUUUUCUGUAGCUAAGCAACCAACUGCAAAGUAGACAAUCUGCUUCCUGUUUAUGUCGACAUGUGUAUGCCCAGUGUACGUGAAUGUUCAUGUGAUAUGCGUUUUUUAGGCAUGUUGUGCUGAAAACACACCAAGCAGCCGUGAAGUGCGGCCAGAGAAUACCUGUAGCCAAUCAGUAAACAGAGUCCUCUGACUCCUGUGCCUGAAGCACAUGAACAUGCCUCCUGGCCGCAGAGAAAUGGAUUUAUUGCUGCUGCUUGAUGUGUUUUCAGUGUUAGUUAGGAGGGUGAUUAUUUCUUAAACGGUGCUAAAACAGUUGUUGCUUAUGAGAUUGUUUUUUAAAACACCAUUUUAAAAUGAAAACGUAUUGAUGUGGAUGUAGCCUCAGUGUGUGUGUGUGGUGUGUGUCGAGAGGGGACGGGCUUGCGGGUUAAAGUGGGAGGGGGGUUAAAGAAAAAAAGGAACCAACCUGAACCGUUUUAUUGAAACAUGUUUCUAAAUCAAGUGUCAUGAAUCCUCAUAUGAAAUGGGAGCAAGAUGGUGACAUUGAUAGCGACAUUACAAUAUAGACAUGGUGCGUUGAAGUCAUUACUUUGAAAGUAGACGUGAAAGGUUUUAUUCCAAAAUGAAAUAUCCAGCUCUACCUACAGAAACAUCUCUAAAAGUAAAAGAAAAUGCAGAGAAUUACAUUAGCAAUUGCCAAUGUAAGCUAGAGUUCAUUAUUCAGAUUAAUAACUCUAGUGUUUUUUUCCUUUCAACCAGCGGUGAGAAAAAACAUCCAAAGGUUUAAAUGGAUAUCUGAUAUUUGGAAAGAAACCCUUCACAUUUACUUUGGUCAACAGCAGUGUUGACGUGUCAUUUUACCACACUCAGGAUUUUGCUAUUAACAGUGCUUUUACACCAUAUUGAAACCUCAGGUACAAAACUAUUCAGGAACAUGUCGUCAGUCUACUCAGUAAUAAUUAUUGUGCUGUGUUUGUUGUGCAUUUCUGAUCUGUAUUUGACAUUACCAGUAUGCCUUGACACAAAGACCUCAUUUAAACCUCAGUUGCCCUCAGUUUCUUAAUCUCUCAUUCUACCUCAGUAACACAAACGAUCUCCAUCAAAGUAACGCUCCACUCUCUCAGCAGCAGCAUACGCACACACAGAUUCAUGUGCAGAUGUACAGCACAGACAGGCAAAGGGUUUUCGGGCCUUCAUACCAACACAGAAGCAGAGGAUUUUACUAUGAGUGUACAAAUAAAACCAUCAGUGUCAUUUCUUUUUUUUUUAAAAAAAAAAAAAAAAACAACUGUAUUUGUUAAACUCUGAAGUGAGACUUGGUUUGUUGUCCUGGGAAAUAAAAUGCAACCAAUAGUUUACAACAAAACUUGAUAAAGUACUUGCUUAUUAGGGUGUAGUUCCUUUUGAAAUACUUUUUUUGGGGGGGUCUGUUACUCCUUUCUCAUUUUUACUACAUCAUUUAAUUUCUGAUUCUUACACUGUAAAUUGUUUGUGUGACAAUACGUAUGAUUUAAAAGCAAAGGGCAGCAAAUCACCACACAGUGCUGAAAUACAUGGCAGUUAUGGGAAACAGAGACAGCACCAUGGUUACCUUGCAUUGACAUUGCAUUGAAAUUGCUAAAUAAAUAGUCUUUGUUUUACUAGUUUAAGACAGAAAAAAGACAGAAGUUGUUUCUUCCUUUGUUUGUUUUACUUUUAGUGAGCACUGUGGCCACACUGUGACAGUAAUGGGUGAAUGGUAAAUGCAAAAAUAUAAUGUAAUAGAAGCAUGAAUAGAAAUGAGUAAUACAGUGGACAAACUUACUCAGUAACAUAAUUAGUAACAUCUACCCAGUGAAACUGUUGCAAGAAAACCCCUGAUUGUGUUGAUGGUAUUGCUUAUUACACCAUGGUUUGAGUGAAAACUCAAUUCUGACUGGCUGCAGAGUGUCCAUUAAAGGUACAGUAUGUAAGAUUUAGGGGGAUUUAGUGGCAUCUAGUGGUGAGGAUUGCAGAUUGCAGCCAGCUGAAGCUUCUCCAAAUUAGGAUUUCUUCAGUGUUCAUUGUUCAGGAAGUUUUUAUCGGGAGUCGAAAUAUCUGCAGAGGUGUCUUCCUCUACAAAACAAACAGACCAGGUGAUUAAAACUAGUAAAAACAAUGAAUAAAGCAGUUUCAUGUUAAAAAUCUGUGUUUCUCCUACGCUGUUCGGCUCAUUGCAGACAAUUCAAAGUGUGCUCACCUUUUUUCUGAUCCAGACGUUCAGGAGGUUUUUACCAGAAUCUGCAUUAUCUGCUCAGGUCUCCUCUCCAAAAAAAAGGGACCUGCUGAUUUAUUUCGGUAAAAUCUAUAAAUGUAGCAGUUUUACGUUAAAAAAAAAAAAAUCUGUGUUUUUCCAACACUGCCCAUCGUGGAGGGGCUGCUAACUAUCGUGGCUGAGGCAAAAACAGGAAUGGCCUUAUGCCAGUGUUUGGUUUGUCUUUUCAGGGCUACUGUAGAAACAUGGUGAUCUCUGUGGACAUUGGACAAGUACCCAGUCCCUAUGUAGAUAUAAACACUCAUUCUAAUUGAACAAAAACACAGUUCUGAUUUUCAGGUGAUUAUACUCUAAAGAAAACAUACUAAUUGUUUUAGGUUUAUUUUCUGCCAAUAUGUCACCCCAAAUCCUACACAGCGGACCUUUAAUUCCUGACAGUGGACACCAACUAAGUGUUUCCAGUGAUGUCUGCUCACCCGUUCUAAAUUAAUGUACUGGCUAUAUGUUAUCAGCCUGUCUACGAUGAGUAACUAUAGCAACAGGGACACCGUCAGAGCCUCUGUUUACAAUUUAUUGCAACACAUUAACAAGCUAACAUCUAAUUACAACAGUGACACGGCUGGAUAGGUAGCUAGUUUUGUUGUCAAACAUAUUGUCAAAUUAUAUUUACUGUUUGUCAGCCGUACAGAAUGUUACUGACUUUGAAUCUUGCUGGUGUAAUGUUACCUUUCUGGCUCAUAGCUGAGCUAAAGGGUUCUACGAGCUGAGAUAAAAUAUCUCCCUUAUUUGAGGUUUGUCCUAUUUACUGGAGUAGUGAAUGUUUCCGUUGCAUACGAACCUUAUGAAAUGGUAAUAAUUGUUCUAGAUAUUAGUAAAACCCUCAGGUGUUACAGUAAAAUUGAGUUAUGGCUUGUAAAAAACUGAUUGCAAAAUUCUUGAAAAUAUAAAUUAAUGCCCUUCGAGGUGUCCAUAAUCAUCAAUAAAUUUACUCGUAGGAAGCAAUUGUCCGAUGUCAUCCAUUAAUUCCUGAUAAUGGACACCUCAUCUGGGAUUAUACCUUACCUAAUUCAGUGCUUUUCAUCUGUGAUUAUUCUUUUAAAAGUUACAUCGUCGUGCUUUAAAGGGUCAGUUCACCCAAAUUACCAAAAAGGAAAAAAAAAAACAACCUACCAAACAAAAGACUCUCUCUUACCUCUUGUGGUGUCCAGCAGUGCAGAUGGGUUUGGUUUUAAGAUAUCUGUUUCUGAGACACUCGAAUAACAUGGAAAUUAUUGGAUUUUUUUGUUGUCACACUAUUGUGCUCAUGGUGUUGAAUAGAUGAACAAAAUGAUCUACAUGAUUCAGAUACCAGAGGAUUAGUAGAAGAAAAAAAAAACACGCCAAAAGUUUAACUCAUAGAAAAUAGUACAUUUGAUCUGUAAUGAAUCAGUAAAAGCUUUGGUACUUUGGAAGGAUUUUUUUGUAUAGAUUACCAAAUUCUUUUGUUUUAUAAAUCAAAAGUAAAGAGGUUUUCAGCCUGUUUUUCUAAAAAUGUUUUGAGACCUUGUCAGUCAGUAUUUCAAUCACCAGGAUAAAUGUUGCAAUUGUACUUUUCUGCAAGCCACGGAUAUGAAACAUUUGUAAGUUGUUAUGUCAUGGAUAUGUUGAAACUGUUUAUGUUUCAACAGUGCUGUGGUUACCUAGUGAUUAUGUUUCGGCACAAAAACAAUUGGUUGGGAAAAGAUCACGUUUGGCGGAAAAUACCUUUUGGUGGCUCAAAAUUUUGGUAGGAAAUGCAGCCAAUUUCUCCAUAAAAAACACCCGGAUUUGUUGUGUCUUAAACAAUUGUCUGCAGCUUGGCAGCCGUGUCGCCUAGGUGUUACGCCACCCCCUCCACCUUCUGAUGACUAAGUCGGCUCAUAUCUGUGUAAUCAGAACUGCAUUACCUUAGUGUGAAACGCACAAGUGAAACGUGUCCGUGGUUUGCAGAAUUGCACAAUGCCAACAUUUCCUACUGGCAACUUUGGUGGGAUUUCUGCGCCUAAACUGACAGUCAAUCUAUUGCAACUACUUCAACUUCCUCAGUCCCUGUGUCAUCCUGUAUGGCAGACAAUUAUCCAACAGUAACUGCAUAUCACAUACUAGUUACAUGACUUUAAGAUCACCCAUCAGUUACUGUUUAUUUAGAAAACUUGCUUAGUUUCAUCACCAAUCUUUUGUAUCCCAAUUAUUUCCUGUAUUUCAGCAUUGUUGACUGAAUUGCUGCCAGAGCAACUUAAUUCAUUUACAGGUAUGUUUCCUUGUUCAGCUGCAUUGACUUUACUUAUUUUGCCCUCUGGACUACCUCUGAAAACUAAGAAGCCUGGGAUGUCUGUGAGGAAAUGUUUGGUUAAGUUGUAUCUGACUGUUUCCAUCAGACCUGCAGGCGAUGUGUAUCAUGAAAAUCUUGAAAUAAGUGUCAAACUAGUACUGUUGUAGUCCAUUCAUCUCAUCUCACUACAUUCAUGUCGCCAUAAUGAAUGGAAGUCAGCCUGAAGGGUGCCUCAUAAGGCCCUGACACACCAAGCCGACGGUUGGCUGUCGGUUAGCGCCUGUUGCCCUGGUCCUUGCCGUGUUUCAGGCUUUUUUCAGCUGAUUCAGUAUGGUAAAUCGACAUCAGAGACAGUGGGGCCCAUCGGUGAACAAAAUCACUCUGAUUGGCAGUUCAGGUCAGCACACGAGAAGAGAAAUGGAAGUGAGGAAAGUAAACAAAUAGCUAAACUCGUGAGGGAGUUAGCUCAAAAUAAACCUGUUAUAUAAGGUAAGAUCAUUUUAUAUGCCAUUGAGCUCUUUAGCAAAAGUUUCAUGAUGGAUUGUGUUACUGUUUACUUGCACAUGGUAAAUAUGCUCUGUUCUUUCAACAUUGGAUUGUAUUGUUGAGGUGCUAACUGGCUAACUAGAGUCAUGACGGUCUUCCAAAUUCCCUUUUUGAAUCAUUAAUACAGACUACUUCCCUCUGCUAGAAUGGAGUUAUUUCCUCUCACACAGGCACAGAACUUACAUGCUGGUUGGCUAACAGCUGUAGUCUUUGCAGUGUGUUCAUGUGCAGCUUUUUGGCCAAGACACAGGGGACGUGAGGCAACGCAACAGUCGGCUUCCAUCGCCGCCCUCUGUUUAAUGUUGGUUUGGUGUGUCUGGGCCUUUAAUUUAACUACAGCUGGGUCAAUAUUUGUUUUCUGGAUAUUUACUCUCUCUAUGGGGACAACGUUGUUCUGUGAUCUUACUAGUAGUGAUAGAGUUACAUACAGUACUUGAUCCAUUUUCAACUAUUGAAAAGUUGAAGUGUAACUUGAGAAAUCAUCUUGUAUGCCUUGUUUGUUUUUAACACCAUUUUGUAGUUAUGUUAUUGAUGUGCCCUCAUCCACUUCAUUAAUACAACUCACAAACCUGUGAUAUAUAUUUUGUUACGAUUCUUUACCAUGUGAUUUGUGUUAUUCUGCUUCUUUAUCGCUUACCAAUAAAAUAUCACACCUGUCCACUCUC